AGAAAAUUAUAUAAACUACAAUCAUGAAUUGCACGAAAUGUUUGAAGAACUGCACGAAAUGUAUGAAGAAAAAGUCUCACCAAAUUAAUUUUGUAUCUUUGAGAAUAUUCUACACGUAAAUUUGUGUAUUUAUACCUAUACGAGAAAACAGAUAGUUGCAACAAUCUCAUACCAAAAGAAAAACAAUUUCCGAAUUAUUAUCUUCUACCUUAAAAAGAAAUCUAUCAGCUAUCAUGGAAGAUGGCUCGUCCUGUAAGAGAAACAAACCACCGUCAUGGGGAACACUCGUAACAAUCCUCAGCCUCGACGGCGGCGGGGUCAGAGGAAUUAUCGCGGGGGUCAUCCUUGCUUAUCUAGAAAAACAACUUCAGGUUAUAUCAUAUAUGCGAUUAGUAAAACAAAUUUUCGACGUGGUAUCAGGGACUAGUACCGGUGGUCUCAUAACUGCCAUGUUAACUGUACCAGGCGAGAAUGGACGGCCUCAAUUAGCAGCGAAAGACAUUGUUCCUUUUUACCUUGAACAUUGUCCCAAAAUAUUUCCACAGCCCAAAGGCUUCUCUUCUCUGUUACCUAAGCUUCCAAAGCUUUUGUCUGGUCCAAAGUACAGCGGAAAGUAUCUGCGUAAGCUACUAACUAAGCUUCUUGGAGAGACAAAACUUCACCAGACAGUCACAAACGUUGUCAUACCUACCUUCGACAUGAAGAAACUCCAACCCACCAUCUUCUCCUCUUACCAGGCAUUGGUUGACCCUACCUUGGAUGUCAAGAUAUCAGACAUAUGCAUUGGCACAUCAGCUGCUCCUACUUUCUUUCCUCCUCAUUACUUUUCUAAUGAAUAUAGUCAAGGCAAGACGUCUGAGUUUCACCUCGUUGAUGGGGCGGUCACGGCUAAUAACCCGACUUUGGUGGCCAUGACUGCUGUGACUAAGCAGAUUCUGAAGCAAAAUCCUGAUAUGGGUAAGCUCGAGCCUUUAGGUUACGAUAAGUUCCUAGUUAUAUCGAUAGGGACAGGGACUUCAAAAAAGGAGGAGAAGUAUAGCGCAAAAAAGGCUGCGAAAUGGGGAAUCAUAUCUUGGUUAUAUAACGAUGGAUCUACUCCGAUAUUAGACAUGAUCUCGGAUUCAGGGCGUGACAUGAUCCAUUUCCAUAGCUCGGUUUUGUUCAAAGCCCUACAAUCAGAGGAUAAGUACCUCAGAAUCGACGAUGAUACACUGGAAGGAGAUGUAAGUUCGAUGGAUCUAGCAACAAAAUCUAACUUGGAGAAUCUUGUGAAGAUUGGAGAGAAGGUGCUGAAAAAAAGAGUCAUGCAUAUGAAUAUCGACACUGGUGUCUAUGAACCUAUUACUGAAAAUAUCACCAAUGAGGAAGAACUCAAAAGAUAUGCAAAAAUUCUAUCUGAUGAAAGAAGAUUAAGGAGAAUGAGAAGCAACACAAUGGUUCAAGAUCCAUCAAACUGAUCUUAAAGAAAAUAAUAUGGGAAGACAGGGAUAUAUGAAUAUGAUCUUUGUGUGUGUUACUCGGCCAUCUUUGUGUGUGUUUACUCGGCCAUCUUUUGUGUGUGUUUACUUGGCCAUCUUUUUGUGUUUUUUUACUCGGCCAUCUUUGUGUGUUUUUACUUGGCCAUCUUUUUCUGUGUUUUUAUUCGGCCAUCUUUGUGUGUGUUUA